AUGGGGGUGCAAGCAUUACACAAUAACUAUUGUGGUAAUUCUGAAUUUAGUCUGAUCAUCUCUUUUAUUAAGAAUUUACUAGUUUUUCAUUCCAACUUUGAGGUGAAGUUUAUUAAGCACCAAGUGAAUUCGGUUGCUCACAUGUUAGCUAAAGCGGUCAAUUUUUGGACUAGGCAUAGUGUUUUAAAUUUGAUUCCUCUUUGUAUUGAAAAUUUUUUUAUUAAUGAUAUGAAUUGA